AUGAAAUUUAUGCAAGAAAAAAUGAAGAGUUCGCCGUUAUUGACCGAGCAAAUGCGUGCUGCGACGCGUGAAGUCCACAGCAUUUCGGACAAACUUGUGAAUGUAAAGUUGAUGGUGGCGUUAAUGGACAAGAAGCUCUAUGGCCGCGCAUUGAUGCUCUUUUAUUACAUCUACAAGAUCUUCCAUGAGAUUGCUAGAGCAGAUAAUAUUGCAAAAGACUUACACUAUUAUCUUGGUGAGGAAUGGAGUACUAAAUAUCAGCCAACUCAAGCUGUACAAGACUAUGUCAAGACAACUGUACAAAACGGCACAGUACGAGUGUCGUGA